AUGCGCAUCUCCAUCAUCCCGGGACCUAGCAGCAUCGACAGUGCCGAUGAAAAAGAGCGCUGGGCAAAUUUUCUCGUUGUAUCAAGACCACCGCAUUUGGCGCCGACGAUUUUGCUAGCUUCAGAGAUCAUGGGACUUCCACGAGCCGGAGCUACAGGUCUUGACAAGAUCGAGAAGAGAUUCUCCGACAACGCCCUGAAGGUCGUCGGAGCACAACACCUGAGUGAUGCAUCGUACAGACGCUUAUCGAGAAAUGGAUCCAACCAUUUAUCAAACCAAGAAGGACCUCGAAAUCAUCCGCAAGCUGAUCAGGGACUAUAUCUCGGACCCCCGUACCAUUAUCCUGCGGUCAUGAAUGCGAGCAACAACUUGGCCAGCCAAGAGGUGUUCAAGAUGGCACGUGGAGUUGAUCCCCGUGGUGAUAGGACUGUCGGCAUCAUUACAAAGUGCGACGUCGUCCAAACUGGCGAUGAACCUGGGGUCGGUGAUUCGUAUCGCGCAAAAAUCGGUGGAGAAAUUGCAACAUGGAUGAUUUGCUGUUCGCAAUCGCUCACCUUCCGAGAUCAAGCCGGGGUUUCGUUGAAAGAUCGUCAUGCGACAGAGCGGCAGUUCUUCAUGACCAGCCCAUGGUGCGACCUCCGCAGCACUACCACCAUGAGGAUAGAUUUGCGAGACAAACUCGGCCGCUUCGAAGAAGCUUGUCGCAUUGCAAAGACGAUAUGA